AUUCAUUCGGCGUGAUUGUUGUAUAGGGAGCUGCGCGGAUUACGGAAAGCCCGUGUUGUGUUUGUUUUAUGUAGACACACUGAAGAGCUGCAACUUCAAGAGGCAGCAAGUACCCGUCUGAAGACGCAAGUCUUUGAAGAAACAACAUCAGAAAGUUCAAUUUUCCUACUAAGAAAUCGUAAGGAAGAUACAGGAAUAUACCCCAAACACUGGUUUCAGACUCAGCAUCAGUUACUUCUUACCAGAGGACUCAGAAGUCAACAUAUGAGGCAUUCCAGUAAAUACUUUUUUUUUUUAAAAAAACAGUAGAGGCAACUUUUGAGUGCCAACACCAUGCCUAAACAAGUAGAGGUUCGAAUGCACGAGAGCCACCUGCCACCACAGGAGCCCUCUGCCCAGCCCUGCUGUGGGGGAAUCUUCCAGAAAUUAUUCAAGAACCUGCUGCUCUCACUAACCGUCUUCGGGGUGAUCCUGGGGGCAGUGUGUGGGUGCCUGUUGCGCUACGCCUCCCCUAUCCAUCCAGACGUCGUCAUGGUUAUUGCCUUCCCCGGGGACAUCCUCAUGAGGAUGCUCAAGAUGCUGAUCCUGCCGCUCAUCAUCUCCAGUUUAAUCACAGGCCUGGCUGGGUUGGACGCCAAGGCAAGUGGGCGCCUGGGCACCAGAGCCAUGGUGUACUACAUGUCAACGACCAUCAUUGCGGCUGUACUGGGGGUGAUCCUGGUCUUGAUCAUACACCCUGGUAACCCCAAACUGAAGGAACAUCUGGGUGAAGGCAACAAGAACGAUGAGGUUUCCAGCCUGGACGCUGCCUUUGAUCUCAUCAGGAACCUUUUCCCAGAUAACCUCGUGCAAGCCUGCUUCCAGCAGAUCCAGACAGUCACCAAGAAGGUACAGGUGUUUCCAGAGCCAGAUGAGAUGGGGGAGGAAGGGAAUUCCACCAUGGACCCAUUCCUGGAGGCAGUGAAUGCUACUGUGGUCCCUCCUGAGCCUGUGUUCAUCACCAAGAAAUCAUUGGAGUUCAAAGGAGGAAUGAACGUGCUGGGUGUGAUUGGCUUCUUCAUUGCCUUUGGAAUUGCCAUGGGGAAGAUGGGGGAGAAGGCCAAGCUCAUGCUGGAAUUCUUCAACAUCCUCAAUGAGAUUGUCAUGAAGCUGGUCAUCAUGAUCAUGUGGUACUCUCCGCUGGGUAUCGCCUGCUUGAUUUGUGGGAAGAUUAUAUCUAUCAAGGAUCUGGAGGUAGUAGCUCGCCAGCUGGGAAUGUACAUGGUGACUGUCAUCGUGGGGCUUAUCAUCCAUGGGUUGAUCUUCCUGCCGCUCAUCUACUUCGUCUUUGUGCGCAAAAACCCAUUCACCUUCCUUGGGGGCAUCUUCCAGGCUUGGAUCACUGCUCUGGGCACUGCCUCCAGUGCCGGGACCCUCCCAGUCACAUUCCGUUGCUUGGAAGAAAAUCUUGGAAUCGAUAAGCGUGUGACACGCUUCGUGCUGCCUGUUGGAGCCACCAUCAACAUGGACGGCACUGCGCUGUACGAGGCUGUGGCUGCCAUCUUCAUCGCACAGAUGAACGGGAUCCAUUUGGACGCAGGGCAGAUUGUAACAGUCAGCUUGACAGCAACACUGGCCAGUGUGGGUGCAGCCAGUAUUCCCAGUGCUGGACUGGUCACCAUGCUACUGAUCCUCACAGCAGUGGGGCUGCCUACCCAGGACAUCAGUCUUCUAGUGGCUGUCGACUGGUUUCUAGACAGGCUGCGGACCUCAGUGAAUGUAGUUGGGGAUUCAUUUGGUGCCGGGAUCGUUUACCACCUGUCCAAGGCAGAGCUGGAGAGCCUUGAUGCCCAGCAUGGCCACCCAGAAGCAAUGGAACUCAUCAAAACACAGUCGCUGUAUGACGAUCUCAAGAACCACCAGGAAAACAACUCCAACCAGUGUGUUUAUGCAGCUCACAAUUCUGCCAUAGUAGAUGAGUGCAAGGUCACUCUGGCCACAAAUGGCUCAACUGCUGAAUACACACUUGUUGAGGAGGAACCAUGGAAACAUGCAAAAUAAAGAACACAGGCCCCUGCUCCAGCUAAUCCUGAGCUCCAGAAGCUUGCCUCCUGGUGAACCAACAAACAAAACAAACAAACUAAUAAUUGGUUUAAUACUUUAGCUCAAACUUCUAUUAAUAAUCUCAGCCAUUCAUGAACUAACUAUCUAACUAGCACAUAUUCAUUGUGAUUGUAGUAGGCUUAGAUGGGAAUUAGGUCUUUAAACCCUGUUUCAUUGGGCCCUGCUGUGAAGAACAGAAACAGUUAUUUGCGUGGUUUUCCAGGGGCCAGCUCACCACACAUGCAUCAAGCUGAGCUUCAAGCGAAAGGGGCAGGGAGAACUCUUCAGUUUUAGGGUAAUAAGUGAGCAAAGCAGAAAAAGAAAUCCGUGGAAAUUGUGAGAAUGGUACUUGUUUCUUCUCUCCCUGUCUUUUCUGAGCAUCCCCCUACCCCUUCAUCACUCCUUCAGUCUGAAGCUACAUACACGUACAUUAGGAGAAUAUACCACUGACCAGGAAUAAGGAAAAAAGGUAUGAACCCAUGCUAAUAAGGGAGUAAUUAAGGGGUUUGUUUUGGGGGAUCAAAAGACAGGGAUCCCUCCUUUAGGCACUCAGGUGAACUUCCCUGCAGUUUCAGUUCUACCUCAAGGUGUUCUGACACUUUUCAGCUGCACUGUUAUCAAUUAAAACACUUUCCACAUAAAGCAGCCUGCUUGCUGUAUACCGAUAGUAUUACAAGAGGGAAAAAAUAAGGAAUAAAGGUGCUGUCCUUAAUUAAGAAUAACAUGCAAUUAUAGGGUUUAGAAAGACAUUUUAUGUUAUGGCAUAACUAUAUGAGCAUAGGUCUGUAUAUUUAAUGCAUAGCUAUGUUUAUAGCUGGCACUGUCUUUACUUUUCCAAACAUGACAGCCGCAGUUAUUGAGUAAGUGGUUGCUAGAACAUUAGCACCUUACCACUAUGUUAAAGACAACAUUUAGUUUUUUCUUUUACCUUUUCUUUAGAUUAAGAUACUGGCACUUGUGAUUGGGUGAUUUAGUUGCUCCAAGUUUGAAUCAGCUUUCCCUUUGUUUUCUCAAGUAAGUUUGAGCCAAGCUCAUCCUGUCUUUGGACUGCCACCUAUACUACUUUCUGAAAUGAGGAAAUCAAAUAAAAUGUCCAAAGUCAGGAGGGAAUUUAGCUUAAAGUAGGAUAGAGACACUGGUAAAUAUUGUUCUUAAUGUCCCUAUAGGAGCAACAGAACUGAUCCACAUACGGGGAAGUUAACAACACAUUCAAAUGCAAUUAAAGCUAUUUACUCUUCUCUAAAAAAAGCAAUGGCCACUUUAUCAAUCCCCAAAACACUUCAUUGGACUGGGCAAUUGUGGCACCUCUCCUAUUUCACUUACUCCUAUUUUACAGACACUUGUCUGCUUUAAUUACACCUUUAACAUUCCAAGCAUAGGCUAAGCUACUCUAACAGCAUUGUGUGAGCGUUCUGUCUGAAUCUCUAUCGCAUAUGCAGAAGGCUUUCAGGCUGCUUUAGUUUUUAGUUUUUUUUUUUUUUUUUUUAAGAAAUUAUUGUCAAAGUGCAAAACAGAAUCAUAUAAAACACAUAAAGGUGUUACACAGAUUAAAGAAACUUCAUUAAGUAAAUAUACUAAGCAUGAAAAGAAACGUAUCACUAUUAUAAAAAAAAGUUUAAAAAAAUAAGGUAUAUAAAUGAGGGACAUUGA